AUGUCUACUCCUGUAGAUUCCAGCCAUGAUGCACACCAAUCUAAGGCCGAAUUCUACGCUCAGAUUGUGAAAGACUUGAGAAAGGAAAUGCACGACAUUUUCAUCUGUACCAAAUGCAGAACCAAAGGAAACAUAGUGGUAGUCACCGACCACACUCUACCUACGGGUGAGCCACAGACAGGGGAUUCUUGGGCUUUGAUGAUGAUUAAGCAAAAUACUCGCUAUGAGUUGCACCCUUCAAGAGAAGCGGCAGGCCUCUCGGGAAACGAGUCAGCUGCCCAAUUGAGGAGAAUACUGCAAUCGACACUCGAUGAAAAUAGAGAUUUGAAAGCAGAGCGCAGUUCUGCAGUUAAGGUUAUUGAAAAAUUGCGGAGAGAUCACCAGAAAAAAACAACACUGCAAGUAGAUAACUUCCAGGUUAGCAUUAAACAGAUACAGGAUCAGAUACAGAGCGAGAGGCAGGAGAAUAGCGAGCAAUUACGUCUAGCAGAUAAUAGGAAUAAAGCGCUACACGACAAGUCUGUUUCGCUAGACUCAAAGUAUCAAAAGAUCAUGGCAAAUUUGAAGGAAGAACAGAAGAAGAAUCUUGGACUAGUAUCUGAUUUGGAAAAGCUGAGCGAAGAACAUCAGCAACUACGCUUAAGUCAUGAAACACUCCGAGAGACAAGCGAGAGGGUCAAGCCCCUUCUAAGAAUUGGGAUAGCCUUGAGACUGAGGUGGCUUGAGAAUAUCCACUUUAUGUUCGAAGGUCACAAUGGUAGAAUUCUAGAUGGACGCAUUGUGGAGUCAGGGAAUGUCGCAGCUCAUGACCCUAAUUUCGAGGCAGACUCUCUGCUGGCGCAGCACGCUGGACUUUCAGUUGAAUCUAUUGACCGAGUCAAUGAAAGUAUGCAACGAAUAUAUGGGAAGAGACAUGUACCAACAUCAGCGGACUCUUUGGUUCUGCACACAUACCCUUCCGCUCUGAUCUUUGUGCUGGACUGCAAGACCGCGGCCGCAAUUCAUCAAUCUCGCGAGCUUCUGGUGGACUACCCAUAUCACCAAAAGCUUCGCUUGAUUUUGAAAGAGAUGAUGGUUAUUUGGGAGCGCGCAGAAUCACGCGAGAAAUUCGAAAGCAUCGCGAGGGUGGAGGAACUACAGAAAGAGGCGGUUCAAAUCUGGGAAGCUGUUAAAAUUGCAUUUAGGAAUAGCAAGCGAAGAAGCCGGCCCCCAGAUUAA